UGUCCGCACAUCCGAUACCCCUAGCAGGCGUUCAGUGGCAUUCGUGUUGCUAAAUUUAACCCCGUGCGCUCGGCCUUGUUUGUGGCCGACCACGGUGAUGCUACAGGAUUCUCCUACUUGUCGGACACCAGCUAACAAAAUAUCUACUGCAGGAAGAAAGGGUUCCGUACGUGUGGCGUGUUUAUAAAAGACUCGGUUAGACCAGUGCGGCUUUAACAAGUAGCUUGUUUUGACCUCCUCACAGCGACAGUCGGCCCGACAGCAAACUGGUACAUUCUUGGUCAUCGACAGGCGGCAAUGGGGAGGGUGUGCUCAGGUCAGCACGUUCUAGGAAGACCCACUCUCGUCUGAUCCUGUGUGGGUGAUUGACAGCCUGGGGGCACGACCGUUGCUGUAGUUUCCCGGAUGUGCGGCGUGCCGGGUGAUACGACAGGAGGCAGUCAGUGUUUCCCACACGACUCGGCGCCAUGUACGGUAUGCUGGUGGAGAGCGUACAACACUAUGUACGGAAGAAAUACGGGGAGGAGAAAUGGCUGCAGAUACUGGAACUCUCCGGCUUCAAGAACACCGUCUUCGCCACGCAGCGGGUGUACAAGGACGACGUGCUCCCGCGGCUGGCGGAAAACUGCUCGGCGGUGGUCAUGGACAAGUCCACCGAAGACUUCCUGCUCUUCUUCGGUACCUGCUUCGUGAACUUCUGGUCGCACUACGGGUACGACCGGGUGGUGCGCGUCAGCGGCCGCCAUUUCAGAGACUUCGUUCACGGCAUCGACAACAUUCACGAGAUGAUGAGGUUUAGUUACCCAAAGAUGAAGAGUCCGUCCUUCUACUGCGAGGAGGAGAGCCACGAGGGGCUAACGCUGCAUUACCAAAGCUGCCGGACAGGGUACUCCAACUACGUCUGCGGGCAGAUGUCACAAGUAGCCAAAGACUUCUACAAUCUCGACAUAAAUAUGGUCAAGUUGAAAGACUUUCGGGAGGGACGCGGGUACCACGUGGUCUUCAGACUAUUCUUCGACAAUAGCGCAUACCUUCCACCUAAAAUCAAGUGCAUACGGACUCUGUCAGUGGAAGAACAAGUCCCCGCUCUCAGGUUUCUAAAACUGUUUCCGUUCUGCGUGGUUUUCCAGAGGAACAUGAAGUUUGUGUACGUCGGGGAGAAAGUGAGGGAGCUGUUCGGGGAGGAGGAGUUCGCGAGGGCGGAGAAAGUCACGGACAUAUUUUACAUUCGCAGACCUCCGAUGGACUUCACAUGGGAAAAUGUUUUGAGGCUCCAACAGGUGGUGUUUGAGCUGGUGUCCCUGGACUGUGUGAGGAGUCCGACCCAGAACGGAAUUCUACCGGCAGCACGACAUCUUCACCUGCGGGGCCAGAUGCGCUACAUGCCCGACUGGGACUGUGUCAUCUUCCUCUGUUCACCACUUAUCCAGAACACGAACGAGAUGCUGGAGCUGGGCCUGUACAUCAACGACCUGAGCAUGCACGACAACAGUCGCGAGCUGGUCAUGGCGGGAACACAUCACAUGGCCAGUCUGGAGGUGUCAUACGAACGGGCUGUCAAGUACAGCGAACAGCUGUGCGAGAACAUGAAGAAGUGCGAGGAUUGGCGGAAGCACAGCGACGAGCUGCUGUACCAGAUGAUCCCGCGGACCGUGGCAGACAGGCUCAGGAGGGGCAUGGACGUCAAUGACACUGUAGAGGCGUUUCCGGAAGUGACGGUGAUGUUUAGUUACCUGGUGGGGUUUAUGGAGAUCAGUGCUAAGGUCCCGGCGGUGCAGCUGGUCACCACCAUCAACGACUUUUUCACUCUGUUCGACACCAUCAGUCUCGGACAUGACGUCUUCAAGUUUGAGACGCUAGGUGACGCUGUGUACAUGGUGGUGGGCGGCGCCCCGGAGCGGAACCCGAGGCAUGCGCAGUGUGUGGCCGCCCUGGCCCUGGAGCUGAACCGGGAGGUCGAGAGGUUGAAAAACCCCAUCGACGGCACCAAACUCAAGGUCAAAAUAGGUAUGCAUUCUGGGCCGGUGGUUGCCGGGGUGAUCUCUCUGAAGAUGCCGCAGUAUUGCAUGGUGGGAGACACCGUCAACACCGCCUCAAGAAUGGGGACCAAUAGCGAGCCCGGGAAAAUUACACUCAGUGACAGUGUCAACAAGCUGCUAUAUGGUGGGGAAUUCAUCACUGCAUAUCGUGGAACCCUACAAGUUAAAGGUAAGGGUCGUAUGAAGACGUACUGGCUGGUGGGCACGCGCGGCGCCCGUCCCUGCUCCCCUCCCUCCCUGCUCAAGCCGCGCAGCUGGCUGGACCUGCAGAGAGGCAUGAGCAUAGAGAUCGACAGCAUGCACGAGGUGGAGAAGGAGAUGCACCAGAAGAGCCUGCUACAGGACAUCACGGAGUCCACGGAGUCUCUCGCGAGGGAAGACAUUUUAAGUCCUUCCAAGGAGGUCCCAAACCUCCUUGGGAUACAAAUAUCAACUCCUUGACUGUAUGUAGGAAGACCUUCUGCAGGCAAUGGGAAAGCCUUGAAAAGUCUUUAUUUGUUCGAA